CCACUUUAGACGGAAUUCCAGUGACUUGGGGUUUGCAGGUACGGCAGCUCCAUGGACGCUCGAAACCAAAGCAGACUUUUAGGAUUCAUCCUCCUCGGGUUCUCUGGGGACGCAGAACUGCAGCCCCUCCUAUUUGGGCUGUUCCUGGCUAUGUACCUGGUCACUGUGCUUGGGAACCUGCUCAUCAUCCUGGCCAUCAGCUCCGACCCCCACCUGCACACCCCCAUGUACUUCUUCCUGUCCAACCUGUCCUUUGUGGACAUCUGCUUUAGCACCACCAUAGUCCCCCAGAUGCUGGCGAGCAUCCACACGGAGAACAAAGCCAUCUCCCGCAGGGGCUGCCUCACGCAGGUCUAUUUUUCCAUGUUUUUCCCUGUCCUGGACACACUGCUCCUGACCAUCAUGGCCUAUGACCGGUUCGUGGCCAUCUGCCGCCCCCUGCACUAUAUGGUCAUCAUGAACCCCCGCGUCUGUGGCCUCCUGGUCUUUGUUACCUGGCUCGUGGGCAUCAUGACCUCCUUCCUUCACCUCUCUCUGAUGAUGCCCCUGGACUUCUGUGGCGCCCUCGAAGUGCCUCAUUUCUUCUGUGAGCUGACGCACAUCCUCAGGCUCGCCUGCGCAGACACCGGCCUGAACGACACGCUGAUUUACUUUAUGACGGCUCUGCUGGGUGUCCUGCCCCUCGUCGUGAUCCUCUUUUCCUACUCGAGAAUCGCGUCCUCAUUAAGGAAGAUCACCUCGUCUGCAGGGAAGCAAAAGGCACUUUCUACCUGUGGGUCUCACCUGUCGGUGGUCUCCUUAUUCUACGGGACAGGGGUUGGGGUGCACUUCACUUCCGCCGUCUCUCACUCCCCCGGGAGCAUCUCGGUGGCCUCCGUGAUGUACGCGGUGGUCACCCCCAUGCUGAACCCCUUCAUCUACAGCCUGAGGAACAAGGAUGUGAAGGGGGCCCUGGGGAGGCUCCGCAGCAGAGCAGCCUCCUGUCUGUGACGGAGCCGCGCGCCCCGGACGAAACGAGGGUGGCUGCUCCUGGGACAUGCGUUAGCCUGAAGGUCUUACUCCCGGAACAUUCAAGCCAUUUUGUUCUCCCUGCCUCGAUCUCCGCCUUGUCUCGCUCCCACUUUUCAAUCCUUUUAAACAACGAAUAGCCCCAGGCUCUCUGUGAUGACUUUUCUGCUCUCUCUGUCGUCCAGAAGCUGUGCUCGGGUUUUCUUCUGUCCGCACUGUGAGUUCCACCCGGGGACUUGGAGCAUCCGCUACGGCUUUGUAGAUAACGGAUGGUUCCCCUAGCCAGUUCUGUGGGUUUGGUGUGGGUUUGUGCUGCUUGCGUGCGUGUGGUUGGAUCAUGGACGGUGGCUUGUUUGUCCUGGCGAGAGGGGGUUGGAACGUGCAUGAAAACACGGCUGCUGUGUGAGGAGCAGGUGAGCUGCGCUCCCUGCGCUCCACGCCCGUGUCGCCGUCCUGAGAGGAGCAAUCACUCUCUCCAUUCUCCAAGUGAGGAAACGGAGACCCUAAAGGCCAAAAACGUUUCUAAAGUUGCAGCGGAAACAAGUGGCAAAACGGAAUUCAAACCCUGACCCACAAUCCAUGUUCUUGUUAGUGGGCAGAAUGAGGGGCA